UGUUUAAUUACUAAAAAAGCUGUUCAGUUUAAUUUUUUUUUUACUUUGAAAUAAUAAAAUGUUGGUUCACUAAAUUUUUUUUAAAGAAACCAACGGAUCAGAGUGAUAAAUGUUUUUACAUUUAAAUCAAGAAUUUUAGCGCUUUUAAUGGAAUACAUAAAUGUUAUGUCGAAUAAAAAUUACUUAUUGAUUGUGUUCAACAAGAUAUGGCCGAAAAUUAUUCCCAUAUGCAAUCUCAAUUCAGGCGUAUAUUGCUGGAAGAAAGAGUUGGGAACGAUUUUAAAGAAAUGAGGUCAAAAAAUGAGACCUACAACAUAUCAUUACAUCAUUCUGUAAUAGACAAGCUAAGUAAUGAUACAAAAAAAUCAGAAGUUGACCAUGUUGAAGCUAUUGUUAUAGUUACAUUGUUGGUAGUUAUUAUGAUCAUUAGUUUAUUUGGAAAUUUAAUAGUUGUUGUUAUUGUUACAAAAAAGAGGCGAAUGCAAACCUUUACUAACUGGAUGAUUUUAAAUUUAUCAAUUGCGGACCUGUGGGUUGCACUUUUAUCAAUCCCCUUAGAAAUUCCUAUGGAAUUAAACAAUAAACGAUGGAUAUAUGGAAAAACAUUUUGUUCGAUAUUUUAUCCGUUACAAACAUCGUGUGUAUACGGUUCAGUAUUUACUCUAGUUGCGCUUAGUUUUUCUCGAUUUUGGGCGAUUGUUAAACCAUUUAACCGGCAACCAAACAUAUUCAUGGCAAAAGUUUUAAUUGGAUUUAUAUGGAUUUGUAGUUUUAUAGUUGUCAUUCCUUACAUGUCUGUCUUAAAUUAUUCCGAGGAUGAUAAUGGAGUACAACAUUGCGGAGAAAAAUGGACAAACACACAAAAGCGAACUUACACUAUAGCUCUUUUUCUUUUCCAAUACGUGUUUCCACUGACAAUAAUAUGCAUGGCUUACAUUUACAUAAUAAGAGAGUUAUGUUAUAGAAAAAAAACUGAAAAUAACAAUUGCAAAAUAAAGCAACUAGAAACAAAAAAAGUUGUAAAACUUCUUUGUAUUAUUACAAUGACGUUUGCUAUAUGUGUUUUACCUUAUCAUAUAUUUGCACUAUGUGUCGAGUUUGGGGCGUUAGAUGAGGAAAAAAAUAAUAUCAUAAGCUUAAUUUGCUAUAUAUUUUUAUAUACUAACUCAGCCCUGAACCCUGUUAUUUACAAUAUUUUUAACGCCGAAUUUCGUGAGUCGUUCAAAGAACUUUAUAGAACGGUGAUCAUUUUUAUAUUCUACAACAUUGAUUCGGAAAAAAACAUAGGCUUUUUUUCAAAGCGAAGACGAAGUUGCGCUCCGAGUAGUAGAACUUCAAAAUAUAGCGAAGAUACUUUUACAAAAAGUAGAAACAGUCGUUUUACGCAAACGUUUAAUAAAAUGGCCAGCCAUAGUCUUAUAACGGUAGAUAUAGAUACAUGUCAAUAAUUUUAUUCAAGCAUAAUGUAAAUUUAAGUAAAUUGAUAGAGCUCAUGAUAUUUUUUUAA